AUGGCCAUAACUGCUUUAUAUAAAAGUAAUAUUGCGUUAGAAUUUUAUCCUAAAAAAAAUGGAACAUUACCAAGAAAUUUACGUUUAGUUAAAAAUCCUAAUUCAAAAUUAAAAAUGAGUAAAUUUAUUACUAAAAGUAUAGCAAAUAUUUGGGAUAAAGAAAAUUUAACAGUUUUUAUAUACAAUAUUCAAGAGCCAGCAGAAUUUAUAACUAUUGCUGAUCAAUAUAAUGAACCAUAUGAAAUAAAAAUAGAUAUAACAGAUGUUCAGGAAAAAAAUGAAAUUUUAUUAUCCAUGAAUAAUGAUAAUUUGACAUUAAUUGAUAAUGAAUACAUAAAAGUUGCAUGUAUCAGAAAGAUUAAUUAUAAUUUAAAUGAAGUAUUUACUUGGAAAUAUGAAAAUAAUUCUGAUUACGGAAUUACUUUAAAAAAUAAUAAUGAUAAAAAUGAAAAUGGACUUAUAUAUUUAGAUUAUUUUAUUGAUGAUAGAAUUGCAUGUGGUAAAUACAAGUGUAUGAUGGGAGAUAAUUAUUCAAUUUCUAUAAGUGUUACUUCACGUUAUCCAAAUGCAUUUUGUUUGUCUAAAAAAGUUUAUAGAAAUAUUGAAGAAUCUUUUAAUAUUUCCAAACAUAUUGGAAUUAUUCUUGCAUUUUUAUGUGCAUAUGCAAUUGUAGUAAUUGUAUCAAGAAAUAUAUUUAUUCAAUAA